GGGGCAGACGUAACAUUAGGAUGUUAAAGCCCAGGCGAGGGCGGUAGGUUUGGGAUACUAGGAGAUGUAGAAAUCUGUAUAGUGUUCUCGGGUGGGAUGACAGGACGGCAAAACCAAGCCACAGCUAGCCGAGGACAAAAUGUACUAGUUCGUUAACCAGGUGGUUUAGUAAGUAAUCGGCUAACUAUGUAAAACUAGACAAUAAUGUAGCGGCGGUUCGUUGAAGGUGGGGUCAAUGUAGAAAUAGUUUGGGAUUGUUGUCACAAGCAGUUAAGGCUAACUUUUAGUACGUUAGCAACGCAGUUAGCUGGCUAAUGUUAAAACUGGGGGAAAACCCAUUCAAGUUAACUCAAGCAUAACCAGUUUAAUGUGACCCAGCGGUUGGAACGCACCCUUAGAAAAGAUUUACGGACAAAACAGCGGUUGGAAAGUUUAACUCGCGCCCAGAAAUCAUGGCGUCGGUGCAGUUUGACUCGACUGCAUAUGCACAGGAGCAGAUUUGACUGGGUUGUCCACAACCUCGCUGACGUUAGCUGUCCCGGCUAGAAGGCUAGUUUUUUUUUCUUCUUCUUAUGCUACCAUGGACAAAAUGGAAAACGGCCGUCGAUCUGUGGACACGGGGAGCAUCAGGACUCUUAGCAGCAGUCACAUUGACGACGAAGGCUCCUUGGGAUCCGACUCUGAGAUCAACGGCUUCGCCAGCGAAAGGCAGGCGGAUAAAUAUGGAUUUAUUGGUGGGGCGCAGAAGUACUCAGAGGACACAGCUCAGGAUAUACCUCCAGCGGUGCUCAGGCAAAGAGAGGUGAAGUGGCUGGACAUGCUGAGCCACUGGGACAAGUGGAUGAUCAAGCGAUUCAAUAAGGUGAGGCUGCGGUGCCAGAAAGGAAUUCCUCCUGCCCUCAGAGGCCGUGCAUGGCUCUACCUGUCUGGUGGGAAGGUGAAGAGAGAGCAGAACCAAGGAAAGUUUCAGGAGCUGGAUAGCCAGCCGGGAGACCCCAAAUGGCUUGAUGUAAUUGAGAAAGACCUCCAUCGACAGUUUCCUUUUCACGAGAUGUUUGUGUCACGGGGAGGACACGGGCAGAAGGACCUGUUCCGUGUUCUUAAGGCUUAUACUCUCUACAGACCAGAGGAGGGAUACUGCCAGGCCCAGGCUCCUAUUGCUGCAGUGCUGCUUAUGCACAUGCCUGCUGAGGAUGCUUUCUGGGGGCUGGUCCAGAUCUGUGAGAAGUAUCUUCCUGGUUACUACAGUCCCGGCCUGGAAGCUAUACAGUUAGAUGGAGAGAUACUCUUCGCCCUGCUGCGACGCGUCUCCCCUCUAGCCUUCCGGCAUCUGGAGAAACAUAAGAUCGACCCCAUCCUCUACAUGACUGAAUGGUUUAUGUGUGCCUUCUCCAGAACCCUACCCUGGGCAUCGGUGCUGCGCGUCUGGGACAUGUUCCUCUGCGAUGGAGUGAAGAUAAUUUUCCGAGUGGGCUUGGUGCUACUCAAGUGCAUGUUGGGAACUCGUGAGAAGCUUAAGGCCUGCCAAGGCCAGUAUGAGACCAUGGAGCUUCUCAGGGCGAUAGAGCCUCGAUACAUGCAGGAGGGUUUCCUUGUUCAAGAGAUUCUCGAGGUGCCGGUGACGGCGCGAGACGUGGAACGAGAGCAUCACACCCAGCUCAAGCGCUGGAAGAAGAACCGCGGGGAGCUCAAUUUCAAACCGCCUCCGAGAAUGCACGGCGCUCGGAUCAUCAUGCUGGCUGAGCCACCCAGGCGUCAGGACCUGCAGCAGAACCCCACCAUUGUACUUGAAGUGCCUCAGACUACCCCACAGCUGCAGAAGGGCAAGGAGGAGAAGAAGAGUAAGAAAAAGAAGAGCAUGAAAAAAUCCCAGCCCACAGAGGAGAUUCCCAAUCCUUACCCUCUUCUCAGUGACCCUCAAUCGUCAUCCACAGAACCGCCUGCCCCGCCUCCAGGCAACAGUGUGACGCCAGAGGCCGCGGCGCAGACUGAAACGGACUCAGCUGGAGAGCAGAAAACACCUCCUACAGACCUCCCCUCUGCCAAAGAAUCUACUCUUCAGCGAUCUACACAAAGCCUCAGCAGCACAGAGCAGGACACAUACUUGUAGCUCUGAAAGUGUGGGUGUGGACAAAGCACCAGCACUCUUCCGUCAACAACCAGCCAGCCUUGCCGAAGUCUCUGAGUGGCCAGCAUAACCUAUUUUUUUUCUAAUAUCGGACUACUUUGUAUGCAUUUGCUUAUUUCCACACAAGUUUGCCUUUGAUAUUAACAGCAUACACUAAAGCACCUUUACCAUGUAUAAAACUACUUAAAUGCUUUUGCUAUUUGUCACUACAGAGCUGACGGAUGCUUCCUCUUAAUGCUUGAUUCUCUUAUUUCGACCAUAAGUCUUAGUAUUGUUUUUUUGGAAGGGAGACAAGUUACUGCUUUACUGAGGGCAGUGUAUUUCAAGUGUUCGGUAAUCUUAGUAAGGUGCCGGAUUUCUUGCAGUUUAUGCGUUUUCACUCAAGUUCUCUUGUAAUAAUGUGCAGCAGAGGAUGUAAACUCCUGAUGCACGCGCCACACAUUUCAGCCUCUCAAGUCUUUAUUUCAUUUUGGGGGGGGUUUCCACUAGAGGGCAGCCUUGCAGCUAUACAUGCUCUUAGGAGAGGCAACCACAGCGAGGAUGGGAUUCAGUAAAAUUGGGAGUAGGUACAAGCGUACUUCUCUGAAGUUGAGAUUACAUUUUCUCUCACAGUUGUUUUUCCUGAAUCAGUUGAACUGCUGUUUAGCUGUGUAUAAGCUCCUCUUCUCACUGUGUGAGGCACUUCCAGCCACUUCGGCUCACCAGUCAUUCCCAGGCAGCAGAGUGGAGAACACUGGACUUUCCUCACUGUAUGACACAUUCCUGCCUUCUUAAAAGCUAAUCAUUUUAAAGACCACCUCUUACCCAAUGCAAAUCUGCCUGAUUGUGUUUGUGCACACGAAGCAAAUCGCCUAAUGGUGCUGACCUUCCUUUUGGCUCUGCUUAAGGUCUAUUUGGACAUGUGAAACCAUUAAGGUCAUUUAUGUAUUUUGAGUGUUUGUUUUUUGCUAGAGCUUCCAAAGCAAAUUAAGACUGUUACUCUGAGAUGAUCUACGACCCCUGCAUGUGACCAGGCUCAUUUUCUGUGCAGUCACGAGGGAUCACGGGAUUUAAGGAUUUACUGGGAUUUCUGUAGCUGUUUGUAUUUUUGGGGGGAAAUGCGGUAGCAUGCAUGGAUUGUGAGGCUCUUUGUCUUUUCUUUUUUUCCCUCCAAAACACCACAGUCUUAUUUUGGUGGCAUUCCUAGUCUUUCUCAACUAUCAAUACAAUGGUAAAGGGAGUCUUGACAAACACAAGUGCACGUGUGUUAAAUGUGUUUGUGCAUAACUAAUAUUAAAAGAGUCUUUGCUAAUAAAGCGCAUGUUCAGCUCAGUUAUAAAACGCAGCGGGGAUAUAAAAAGAUGACAUUUAUCAAGCGAUCACUCUCCCCUUAUGCAAUAGUUUAGUUGCUUGUGCCGCAAAUCCUCACAUUUCAUUCAUAUUUUAAUUUAAUGCUCUUUGUGUACAUACGAUAUAAAAAAAAAAAAUGUAAUGAAUGUAAUGAACUGUAUUUUCAGUGUAUACUGCUAUAUUUUUUGUCAUGCAGUUACAGAUGCUACAGAGGUAGCUAUGUAUGUCAUUUGCAGUCAGAGACGGUAUAUAUAUAUUUUCUUCCUUUUUUUUUUUUUUUUUGAUCAGCAUUUGUAACACUAGGGGGGGAAAAAAUUUUCAGGGGAACCUUUGCCACUAAAAUGCUUUUUCUCUAAAAGUGUUACUGUUGCUACUAGGUUUUAAAAACUCCAGAACUCCCGUGGCAUGAGUUUUAGUCUUGCAGAUAAGUGGCUGUGUUGCUUAUAUGAUUGCUGUCAAUCUAGAUUGUUAUUAAACGCCGGGAUCUUUAGACCUGUUUAUAUGUAAUGCCCCAUGUUCACCAGCAGAUGGCGGACCAGAGUCAUCUCUUGGAAAUGAGAAGUUUGCCUGUAUGUGAGUGACAAGCCGAAUGCGAUCCAAGAUGUCUCCAUUAAUUCCACUUUUUUCUUUUUUUUUUCCUUAAUGCUGCACCAGCACAAGGUCAAUUGUUACAUUAAAUACUGUUUUGCGUUACAUUUUUUUCAAAAAUGCCACGUUUGAGAGUGAUGUGACAGCUCUACUUAUGAAUAAAUUUGUUCUACAACCAGG